AUGGCGAUCGACCGAAGGGGUAUAGCGAACCAGUGCAAGGGGAUCAACAUCUUAACCCCCAUUCUCGAUGCGGAUACUCGGGAUUACCUCAGGCUACAGUACCCAGACACACCGGCGGAUUUCGCAUGGUUGAGAAAUCAGAUCUCCGACCACAUCCAAAUCAUGAUCACGUGGCCUGGAUAUGCAAACUAUCCCUCUCAGCACAUCCGAGUCUACAAUGAAGACGGAACUAGCAUCACCAUGCAGAAGCUGGCAGAAGAAGUCUGUGCUUUCGUCUGCAAAUUCUUUAUAGAGCAUCACGAGCUCCCUCCGCAUCCCAGUGAAAAAAGGUGGGCGAUAGGUAACAGUCCAGGAAGGUACCAGAUGCGGCACGUCUGUAUCCCGUUCAUCAAUCGCUUGUAUGAUGACUGGUUCCAGGUGGUGAUGAACGUACCUGAGCCAGACGAGCUUGAUGAGGGAAGGGAGAUGGAUUCUCGGUCGUACAUCCUACAUGACGUCAAGAAGUAUAUCGAGAAUGGAUUUCCGGGCAAUGGGAUCUAG